AUGUUCCCCGCCGCAGGCCAUGCCACCCUGCCAAUCCGACGUCUGCCGUGGCCGAUUUUCACAUCGUGGGACGAACUAUGGGAUUCAGGCUUGCUGCAGGACUACAGCAGACCAAACGGCCGGAGCACUGAUGCACGAAGUAGACUGGAUGACGUAGAAGACCCAUGUCCAAAAGUGGCGAAGCGAACAAGGACGAUAUUCAACGAGGAUCAAGUAAAACUGCUGGAAGAGACGUUCGAUAACUCGAACUAUCCAGACAUUGCAUGCAGAACACGUCUGGCUCAAACGUUGGAGCUACCAGAGCCGCGGAUUCAGGUAUGGUUCAAGAACCGUCGUGCGAAACUUCGCAAAAAACUGAGAAACAUUGCUGACGUAGACGAUGCGGCGGUAGCGUCCGAAGCAGCACCUGUGACUGAUGUCCAAACAGAGGAAGCAUCGGACUUACAACAGAGCGGCGUCAGAUAUACGAGUACUGAUGAGAAAUCACCACAGGUAGUGAAAGAGCCUCUCUAA